UUUUAAUGAUGGUUCUUGAACUAUAUCACAAGUUUUUAUGCUGUUAAAGAAAACAAACGGCCCCAUCCCCUCUGAUAUAAAAGAAUCAAACAAGUUGAAGACAAGAAUCAAAUGGUAAAAGGCACGGGCACUGGACAGAGAAAAGUGGUUUGAAAAAUAUGAUAGAGAAUUAGAUGCUAGGUGAUUGCUUACAUUAAUCUGCGGAAGAAUAACGCUUACUUGCAGUAGAGUGCAAAUAUAUAUUCUGCAAUGUGUGUAUUUGUAACUUUGCCAUGUAUUUACCCUUCAAUCAUGAAUCAUGAUAAUCAAUGAAGACAUGCAGAAACUAGUUUAUUUACCCUUCAAUCCUCUAGUACCCUAAACUCAACUCAUCCAUUCCAAUUUCUUGAGAGUUGAAUACAAAAAGAUGGGAAACAGUCUUCUCGGUAAUAGUGGGGGUCUUCGAUUUCCUUGGCGUGUACAGCUAGGAACAUCUGCUUCCAUCAACUUGUCCACACGUGUGGACUACACAGGCCUUGAUGGAAGACUCCGCGAGACGUGGACUGUCUUAUACAGCAUAAACGGGUCAACUUGUGAGCUCAACUUAACAAAAAUUUUCGGCAAUAACGGCAAUCUUUACCAAGUAGACUUCGAGCUCAGUGACAACGACAGUUAUUUCAGCUCUAUGAUAGCAAGAGCUGGAACCAGUUUUCUUCACUUAAGUAGUCUCGGCAAGGAAUAUGGAUGGUUUGAAACCAACUUCGGGUUGGUGAAGACAAACAUGACCUUUGAUUCACGUGGUGGUGUAACGGAGACCAAGGUUUACUGGUAUGGGAGUGGAAACAAGGGGGGUCUUGUUGUUUUGGAGUGCAAGAAAAAUAGUAGGAAGGAUGAGCACUAUAGUGUGGCCACUUUGGCUCACUAUUUUGCUUAUUUUAGCGGCAUAGGUUUCAACAGAAAUGAAACAGAUAUUGGCCUUUCUGUGGUGGCAAGGUUUCGACCAUUCAAUGGGAAAUUGGAUGUAACGGUGGAGGGUCCUGACCAACACCCUGCUACUUCAUUGUUUCAUAUGUUUCAUGAAGUGUAUAAGACAGUUAAAUGGAACCCUGCCAUGUGCCAUCAUUGUGCUAUUCCGUGGCAAAAUUCAAGAGGGAUGGCCAGUAGUGGAGGGUUCGUGGUAAAUAAUUUCAGUAAUUACAUUGAAAAUUUUAUGGCUUUUAAAAGAAACUUUUCACAGUGAAGACAGCUAUAGCGAGCGAGGGUGUUCCUAUACCACCAUGCCGGGGCAGCAGCUGGCAUGGCCAAAUGCAAGAGUGAUUUCCAAUGGUGGAGGUUCAAGGAUCAUAAAAGAUGGUAACUUAUUAAUGGCUGAAAUUUGUGACGCAACUAGUCUUACUUUUGUGCUGAUGAUCCCAGUAUUAACAAGUAACUACCAACAAGUGCUACCAACCUCACACAAGACGGCGACCAUCUUAAUUGGAGGAACAAAUAAAUUUUGGUGAUAAUUUUUUGUUUGUUUAUUUUAGUAUUCAUUAGACAAUAAUUUAUAGCUGGUUGUAACUUGUAUUAUAUGUGCAGAACCCAGAAAAGAUGUCUCAGUUGUGCCUAUUGUAUAUAACCAAUUAGUGUUUGCACUUCAAGUAAUUUCUCAAUAAUAGAAAGAUGACAAGAGCGGAAAUGAGGCAUGCUAUUUUAUUUAUAUCUUUAUUAUUAAUAAU